AUGGACCCAGGCAAGGAUCCCAACGCGGCCUCGUGGUAUGGCCAGCGCAUCGCGCAGCAAGGCCUUGACCCAGCCUCGCAGGCGGUGCCCAUUGACGACGGCGACGGUUCGCGCGGCUGCGAUGUCAUGGGAUCGUCCGGCGUCGGCUCCAGCGGCCCCCGAGGUGAUGAGCUGGCAGAGGCGUGGCCCGCGCCAGUCGAUGCCCAACUCUCACGUCGGCAAGACACGCGUCGUGAAGCCGACGAUGAGGCUGGUGAGUGGGAGCGGGUCUGGGCCGCGGCCAACGACCGCAGCCUUGUCUACGCAGCCCAGCCCUGCCUCGACCAGCUGCCAAACGAGAUACUCCUCCAAGUCUUUGGCUUUCUCGACGUCAAUGACCUCCUCGCUGCCUCCAGGACAAACCAUCUCCUCCGUACCGUUUCCCUGACUCCCAUCCUCCACUACUACCGGCUGCGCCGCGCGCGCCACCUGCUCCCUCCGCUCCUGUGGUCCCCCUCGCGGCCCUCCCUCGCCGACCUCAUCGCCCAAAGCAUCUUCCUCACCCACACGUCGGUCGUGUCGCGCCGCCUCGCCCGCUCUCUCGUCUCCAUCCGCCUCUCGCGUCGCCUCGCUGCCCGUCCCUCCCCCGAGACGCUCGUCGAGCGCGCCGUCAUCCCCCGCGAGUGCGUUCCCGGCAUGACCCCUGUGCUCGUCUCGCCCGCCAUCGCCGCCCGUCGCAGGGAUGUGGAGCGCGAGCGCGUCAAGGACGGCCUGCGCCGCUGGAUCGCCGCCAAGUGGCGCGGCGAGGUCCUCGAGAGGGAGGAAGGCGUCCGCCGCAUGGACGAGAGCCGUGGCGUCGGCAGGGUCUGGCGCCUGACGCGAUUCUGGGAGAGGGUCGGCCGUGGCGAAGGCAGGAUCGCCGUGUAG